CACUCUGGAGGAUCAGAAGGGGCAGAAGCAGCCCUCAACAAAAAACCUUUUGGCACUGGAGGGCUGGAGAAACGCCCAGUUGGAAAGCUGGCAGAACGCCAGGAGGCCCUGGAGCUGCUGUGUCCCUCAAGGUCCCCCUUGCUCCCCAGAGACCCCGUAAGGUGCAAAUGAGUCCCUGCUCUCCCUGACUGUGUGAUGUGGACUGUUGCUUGUCAUCUCUGGACCAAGGAUUGUAGGUCUGAAGGUGCUCUGUAAAUAGCAGGACAAUGUGUGUGGUGUGCAUGUGUAUAUGUGCUUUCUGUCCUUUCUAAAAAUCCCUCCCAGGUGCCAAACUACACUGAGACAAGAGCUUCGGGGACAGAUUUGGGAUCUGUGGGACUGCCAUGUCCUCUGGACAUUAUGACCUGGAUGGAUUGAAGUGUUUCAGAACAGUUGGGUCAUCCUAUGCCUGGCCUGGACAGGAUCAUGUGUCUUGGGGUGAGGUGGGGUUGUGUCUAGUGAGGCCCAUGUGACAGAGCUCUAGUGAGGAAGGAGAAAGGCUUGGACCUCCUUUGGACAAGGAAGAAGUUCGGUGAGGGCUGCAGGCCAUAGGUCACAUCAGAGGGGCACCUGUAGGCCAGGCCUUCCUCUGCCUCAGCUAGGCAGGUGAGGCUGGAGCAGCAUCAGGGCUGGGAGCCUCACUUCCCCAUGACUUCAGCAGGAUGAUGAUGAUGAUGAUAAUGGAGAUGUAGACACCGCCCCUUCAGCAGGACCUCAGAGACCCCCUGCGCUGGCAGCUAAGCACAGGCUGUGGCUUGGUGCUCAUUUCCGGGUCACAGCCCACUGGCUGCUGGUGGCUGCUGGACGGACGCUGACCACUGUGCUGUUGGCACUGGCAGGCAUAGCCCAUCCAUCGGCCUUCUCCAGUGUCUACCUGCUGGUCUUCCUGGGCAUCUGCACCUGGUGGGCCUGCCAUUUUCCCAUCAGCCCCCUGGGCUUCAACACACUUUGUGUCAUGGUGAGCUGUUUCGGCGCUGGCCAUCUCAUUUGCCUCUACUGCUAUCAGACCCCCUUCGUGCAGACCGCAUUACCGCCUGACACAAUUUGGGCCAGGGUGUUCGGUCUCAAGGACUUUGUAAGCUACACCAACUGCUCCAACAUGCUGGUUCUCAACACCAGACAUGACUGGCCUGUCUACGUGAGCCCUGGCAUCCUGCUGCUGCUGUACUACACAGCCACCUCCCUCCUGAAGCUCCGUAAGCGCUGCCCCUCAGACCAAAGGAAGGAGGCACCGAGGGAGGAUGAGGAACAUGAACAUGAACUGGAGCUGGACCAGCUGGAGCUGGACUCCCAGGCUGGGGAUGCCACCCAGCAUAUGAUACCCACAUCCACGGCACCUGACAUUGACGACUGCAUCGUGCAUGACCUGACCAGCCAGAGCCCUGUCCGACAGCGUCCCAGUAAGUCACGGGCUUUCUGACCAUCAGGACUUCUUCCUGUAUGCACUUACUGGCUGGGCCCAAUUUUUGAUCUCGCUUGUGGGCAAGGCUGGGUCUGCCCCCUGGUGGCCAUAGGUCCUAUACGCACCCUACAGCCUCCUUGCCUGUUGGCCCUGGACCUCCCUGGACCUGUCCUAUCACCAAAUAGCUGAUUGUCAAGACCCUUUGGGUGACCCUUGAGGUCUCUGGUGCCCUGCUUUUAGGUAGGAAGUGGCUCCCCAUUUCUCAAGGCCCCCGGAUUCUUCGUCAUCCUAGAGUGCUGGCCUGGAAACUUUGCUAGGUAGUGUUGCUGUAGAAAAUGCUAUGCCUUUUUUGGGGUGCUUCAUUUUUUACCCUGAACUUAAAAAAAAUACUUUUAACUACAUUUA